AUGUCAGACUUCAAGGGUUUGAGCCUUCAAGGCAAGGUCGCCAUUGUGACAGGCGCAUCUCGAGGCCUAGGUGCUGGGAUCGCCGAGCUUCUAGGAAAAAGAGGAGCAAACGUUGUUGUCAACUACGUUUCGGAAAGCAGCCGCGAACGUGCUGAGAAAGUAGUUCAAACGAUCGAAACGAACGGUACAAAGGCAAUUCUGUGUCAAGCUGAUGUCAGUAAGCUUGCGGACAUUCCUAAGCUUGUUGAAAGCGCCUUGAAAAUUAGCCCGUCGGGUAAAAUUGAUAUUCUCAUCCAUAAUGCUGCGCAAGGAAACGAAGCCAACUUGGUCGACACAACACCAGAGUUCUAUGACCGCCAUUUCGAUACCAAUGUCAAAGGCCCUAUAUUCCUAACUAAAGCUGUCGAACCUUACCUCCCCAAGGGUGGCCGUAUUGUAUUCAUUUCUUCUGCAGGUGCCCGCUUGGGAGUUGCUGGACAAACUGUAUACGCUGCUACUAAAGCCGCUAACGAGGCACUCGCUCGUGUCUGGGCGAAGGAACUGGGCCAAUCUCACGGUAUCACUGUGAAUAGUGUCAAUCCUGGCCCCAUUGCCACAGAUCAAUGGUUCCAAAGCGACGAACAGUUCCUGAAGGAUAUGCAGCCGUUGAUCGAAUCUACGCCGGCAGCUGCUCGUGUUGGAGAAGUUGAUGAUAUUGCACCUUUGGUAGCUUUCCUUUGCUCUGAAGAUGCCAAAUGGACUACAGGCUCAACACUCUCUGCAAAUGGCGGGCUCUACAACUAA